GUGCAUGUGUUCCUGCCCCCCACCAGGGGACCUUACUUUUUUGGUGUGGGGGGGAUAGGGGGCUUAGGCAGCCCCUCUUCCCUUUACUUCCCCCAGAAGGAGGGUUAGAGGAAUAUGUGGGGAAGGUGAAAUGUUGGGGGGGGGUAUAAUCCCCUUCAGAGGACUUUGACCUAUGGAGGGCACAGGGCUCUAAAAUUGCUUGUUUAUUUGUCCCCUUCACACACAGGAAAGGAGGGUGAAAGAAUGACAAGGGAAGCUUUUGCUUAAAUACUAUUAGUUCCCUUCAGAGCACUUUACACUGGAGGAGGAGGGGGGUUGGGGAAUGCUUCCUCUUCUUACGCCCCCCCCCCCCAGGGUAAAGUUUUAUGCUCCAAGUGGUAGACUUCAGGGAAGAUAAGAAGGAAAGGGGUAUUAGGAGAGGGGAAAGAUCUUAGGGAUGCCUUCCUUUUCUUCUUUGACACCCCCUCCCCAAAGCUGAAGGAAGGCUUAGGGGUUAUAUGGACAGCUGCCACUUAAAGACUGAAGGGUUUUUGGCUGGGUAAGAGGAAAAAGGAAGACCAAAAACCACCCCUCUCUCUCAAAUAGGGACUGACCCCAGUUCACACACUCAUGGGGUAAUUGAGAGGCAGGGGGUUCACUGGGAAACCUCCGCUUAAAGGCAAGGGUGGGUAUCAGAAAGACCACAGGGCAAUUUCUGGUGGGCCCCUUAUUUGUUAUUUUAACUUGCCUGCUAGUUGCUGCAGUUCCUUACUAAAGAGUCCAGGCUAGAUGGGCCUUGAUAUCAUCUGGCAAAACUCUUUCUAGCCUCUUAAAAUGGAGAGUGCAGACUUGGGACACCUGGUUAGUUGUACCUUAACCCUUUGGAGAUCCUGAAAGUGCACUCCUAUUCUUCAGCUUAGAACACAUCAUGGAAAGGUCACUAGAAAAAGAGUAUGGCUCAAGAAACCAACCAUAGCCAAGUGCCUAUGCUUUGUUCUACUGGGUGUGGAUUUUACGGAAACCCUCGUACGAAUGGCAUGUGUUCGGUAUGCUAUAAAGAACAUCUUCAACGGCAGAAUGGUAGUAAUGGUAGAAUUAGCCCACCAGCAACUUCUGUUAGUAGCCUAACUGAGUCUUUACCAGUUCAAUGCACUGAAGGCAGCAUCCAGGAAACUUCAUCAACACUAGAUUCUACACCUGUACCACCUAUGCAGCCAAGCCCUGUGUCAAGCCCAUCAUCACUCUUAGCAGAAUCUGUAGCAACAUGUGAAGUGGAAAGUACAGACAUAGUGGACAAGGCAGGACCUGAAAGAGAAGAUGUCCAAGAACCAACAUCAGUGGACCUUGCCGAAACAAUUUCAAUAGACAGUACCGGAGAGGAAUUGUCGAUGGAUAACUCAGAUUUACCUGACACUACCAGGGGCUCAGAAACAGAGUGUGAUUAUGAUGCAAGCAUAGAAACUAAUAUAGAUGAUCCCGAUUUCCCGGAUGAGAACUCGAGAGUGAAAACGAAGAGGCGCGAUACAGAUUUAACACUAAACACAGUAGCUUCAGCAUCAGAUAGCGCAGAGCCAUCCUCUGAAGAACAAGAGAAAUCACUCGACAAACCAAAACAGAAAAAAACUCGCUGCUUCAUGUGCCGGAAGAAGGUUGGGCUUACCGGAUUUGAAUGCAGGUGCGGCCACGUUUACUGCGGCGUCCACCGCUACUCAGACGUCCACAGUUGCUCUUACAAUUACAAAGCGGACGCAGCCGAGAAGAUCAGAAAAGAGAAUCCUGUAGUCGUCGGGGAAAAGAUCCAGAAGAUUUGAACUGCUACACUCUAGCUGGAAUAUUAAACAAAAACGAAAAAAAAACACAAAAAAUAUAUGACCAUCUGCAGAUGAAAUUGACUUGAGCUUCUUCCCCUCGCCCACCCCCUUCCCAUUCUUCCUCCCCUCCUGCUUUAGUCAUGCCGAAUCAUGCAUGUCAUCCAAAAGCAUAGGUUCCCCCCUCUCCCUUUUAGAACAUGACUAAACUUUAUUGCAAUGCCCCCACCACCACCACAACAGCUGAAGAGUUAAGCAACCUUUACACUUGUGAGAUUCACUAUAGGAGUCCCUGUGGGGCCCCUGAAUAAAUACAAUGGCUAUUCAAGUAUUAUCCUUUUGAAAUAAUUUUUAAUUUUAGUUGAGUGCAGAGGGCUUUUUAUAAUACCGACACAGAGAUAUAUCGGAAAGGCAGCAGCGCUUUUGUUUGUAUUUCUCUCUCUUCUGUUGUACUCAAACAUGCAUGCAUUAACCUGGCCGUUUUUGUUUUCCGGGGAUUUCCCCAUCUCUCUCUUUUUUUGUAUAUAGCUUUCCUUUCCUUUCCUUUUCUCUGCAGCACGAUUUCCCUCCCCCCCCCAUAACGCCUCGUACGGCACAACUAGCGAUCAGUAACUGAAUGUAUUUUAAUCAUUGCGGCUGCUUGGGUUUUUGUUUUUGUUUUGUUUUCCGUUCUCCUCCCCCAUUAACAAAGGUUUAUACAUAUGUUAGCAUAAUAGCUUGUUUGCACCCCCCACUACCUAUUUAUGUAUGAAUCAUUUGUAAUGCGUGAGUCUGAGCGUGUGAUUGAGUGAGUGAGUGAGUGAGAGAGAGAGAGAAAGAGAGAGAAUUCUGAGAUUCUAAAGUUUGCGUGUGGGAUUUUUGUUUUUUCUUUUCAAAGAUAACUUCUAGGAUAUUUCUUCCCACCCCUUCUCCCCUGUGUGUGUGUGUGUUCUGGGAUGGGGGGGAGGGCGGGGGGUUGUCUGCACUUCCUUGCCGACUGCAGGUUUUCUUGGGGUUUAUGUUAUUGGGUCCUUUAUGUACACCAAUAUGAAGAAUGAUGAAGUUUUAACUGUAUUGUAUUUAUGUUCAUCCACGUCUUUAACUUUGAUUAAAAUAAAAUUUUAAAAAAUUGGGAUUUGGA